ACGGCUAUCCUUGCGGCUAUCAGCUCAGACACAUAUCCAUCCAUUCCCCGUCCUUGCUAGCGUCUGACCUUCCUUGCUUUAAACCUCCAUGUCCACUCCCAUCCGCAAGAAACGCAACUUCAAGGCCCUUCAGCUCGAUGUCGCCCAGUCUGCAAAAGUACCGGAGCCGAUACCAGAUCCAAAGCCCACAAGGCUCGCACCCACGACAACGACAACGGGGGGCAAGAAACGUCCUCCCCCAAUGACUCUCGCAGCCCCAAAGAUACAGCCGGCAGCGACAAACCUAAACGUCGACAACGAUGGCAGCAUGAUGACCGUCGCAAACGGCCCCAGCUCUGCACCUGCCACAGGCUCUGUGUCUGCACGGAGAAUGACCUACCACACCACACUCUCCAACACAUUGGCGAACCUCGACAUGAAUGCAGAGACACGGUACGACCUUAGAAAUGAAGAUCUGAAGGACUUGAGGGAGCUGGGCCAAGGAAAUGGAGGAAGUGUCAAAAAAGUUGAACACACUCCCACAGGCAUGAUCAUGGCAAAGAAGAUUGUCCUUAUCGAUGCAAAACCAUCCGUACGAAAGCAGAUUCUCCGUGAAUUGCACAUCAUGCACGACUGUCAUUCCAAGUACAUCAUCUCAUUUUACGGUGCAUUCCUUUCGGACCCCAAUAUUUGUAUCUGCAUGGAGUAUAUGGACAAAGGCUCUUUGGACGGGAUAUACAAGAAAAUCGGGGCUAUUGAUAUCGAGGUUGUUGGCAAAGUCGCACUUGCCGUCUUGGAAGGUUUGACAUACCUAUACGAUGUUCACCGUAUCAUUCACCGUGAUAUCAAGCCAUCCAAUAUCCUGUGCAAUUCACAAGGGCACAUCAAGAUCUGCGAUUUUGGCGUUUCAGGGGAACUCAUCAAUUCGAUUGCUGAUACAUUCGUAGGUACAUCGACAUACAUGAGCCCUGAGCGUAUACAAGGCGCUCAAUAUACUGUCAAAUCUGACGUGUGGUCCCUUGGGAUAUCGUUGAUUGAGCUCGCCUUGGGCAGAUUUCCUUUCUCAGAGUCGGAUCCGGAUGACUCCGACCUAUCUGACUUUGAAGGAACACUUUCGCCUGGAACAGUAGGGCUACCGCCUGCGCCACCGAAGAAAGAUUCCAAGAAGGACCGAAGGAAGAGCAAGGGUGUCAGUUUACAAGGUGGUGGGAGGAUGAUGAGUAUCCUGGAACUAUUACAGCAUAUUGUCAACGAGCCGGCGCCACGGUUGACACCUGAAGGCAGAUUCCCAAAAAACGCGGAGGAUUUCGUAGAUAGUUGUUUGCUGAAGGACCCAGACGCAAGGAAAACACCAAAAGAUUUACUGAAACAUUCAUGGAUAGACCUUGCUCGGGAGUCAACAUUUGACCUCGAGGCGUGGGCGAACACAUUCUGAGCUGGCUCCUGACGCUUCAUCCAUUUUCCUCUAUCGUGUAAAUCUUUUACGUCUCGCCUCGAAGCACUGUACGAUUUGUCGGCUCAUCUCCCUUUCCUUGUUGUCUCACUGUACCCGCUGCACGCCUAAAUACCAACGUUUUUAGUUCUUGAUGUAAUGUAGAAGAACAUCGAGAUCUUUCCUUCGAGAGGAUGUAUGAGGGUUUGCGACCCCCCUUGUAUAUUUGACGCAAUCAACCAAAGCUUUGUACGCAAU